AGAAGCUCUCUUGAAAGUUGAAUCCGAGAAGAAGAAGAAGAAGAAGAAGAAGAAGAAGGGCGAGCGAGAGAGAGAUCCAUGGGGGGCGGCAAUGGCCAGAAGUCGAAGAUGGCUCGCGAGAAGAACCUCGAGAAGCAGAAGGCAGCCGCCAAGGGCAGCCAGCUUGAAACUAAUAAGAAGGCCAUGAACAUCCAGUGCAAGGUCUGCAUGCAGACAUUCAUGUGCACCACAUCAGAGGUGAAAUGCAAGGAGCAUGCAGAAGCAAAGCAUCCUAAGAAUGACUUAUAUCAAUGCUUCCCCCACCUCAAGCAGUAAUAAGCAAGAAUUAAACUUCAAAUCCUAUCAAGAACAUAAUGGAACCUGAUAAUGAUGUGUUUGCUCUAUGGUUUGAACAACAUGGAACAAGACCUGUGGUCUCUCUUCCAUUUUCAAGUAAAUUAUGGUCAUGGUGUUUUGACAGUUUCUGUGAAGUUGGUAAUUUCCUUUUUUAAAGUUUCUUAUGUCAUGGAACUGUUUGGAUGCUGAAAUCUUUCAGUUCUUAAAGAAUUAUAUGAUUGUCCACUAAAACUUUGCCAACUA